AUGGAGGCCUCGGCGGGCGGCGGCGGCGGCGGCGGCGCCGGGCCCGGGCGCCGCUGGUACUUCAGCCGCGAGCAGCUGGAGCGCAGCCCCUCCCGCCGCGCCGGGCUCGACCCGGACAAGGAGCUCUCGUACCGCCAGCAGGCGGCCAACCUGCUGCAGGACAUGGGGCAGCGCCUCAACGUCUCCCAGCUCACCAUCAACACGGCUAUCGUGUACAUGCACCGCUUCUACAUGGUGCAGUCCUUCACCCAGUUCCACAGGAACUCCGUGGUGCCGGCGGCGCUUUUCCUCGCAGCCAAGGUGGAGGAGCAGCCCCGGAAGCUGGAGCACGUCAUCAAGGUGGCACAUGCUUGUCUGCACCCCCAGGAGCCUCUGCUGGACACCAAGAGCGAGGCUUACCUGCAACAAGCCCAAGACCUGGUCAUUCUAGAGAGCAUAAUACUGCAGACCCUGGGGUUUGAGAUCACUAUUGACCAUCCCCACACCCACGUGGUGAAGUGCACCCAGCUCGUGCGAGCCAGCAAGGACUUGGCACAAACUUCCUAUUUCAUGGCUACAAACAGGUUAUUAUUUUUUUUUAUUUUAUAAUUGAUUUAUAAUUUGUCUGCUGCUGGUGACUCUGGGGGCAUCGCUCAGCCUGGGAGCAGCUGGGAAUCCCUCAGGAGGAGCCUUAAGAAAGGGUUCCCACCCUUUUUCCUGCCAGCUGCUGGGCAAAACCAGCUGGAAAAUGAGGCAGGUGGGAUGCUCAGGAGCUUCACUGCUUGUUUUAUAGGAAUUUGUUUGGGAAAGUUUAAGGAAAACCCAAAACAAACAAAAAAAGGUGAAAUGAAUGUGUACAUUUUUCCUUGCUCAGUCCCGGGUGUUGGAGAGUUUUCACUGAACAAGGUGCUGUGGAAAUUGUCCAUUAUUAUGGUUUAUACCCAGAAAAAGACUGAUUUAGGGUAUAAAUGGGGUAAAAUGGGUGCAGGCCAGGAGGAAACUGUCCUCUGAGUAGAACCUUGGAAAGAAAAGUCAGCCCAAGUUCAUCUUCUGGGUUGUUUUGUCCCUAAAUUUUCGCUUCCAGGCUGAUGCCAGCAACUUGUGUUGGGAUUAUUUUUCCGUUGAAUUUCCUGGAUUAUCAGCUUCAGGCAAAUCACGGAGUGAAUGUCACGGACACGGAAAAUGUUGUGUUUUUGUGAAACUAGGGAGGAACUAAAGGUGGUUUGGGUGAAGCUGCAGGGCCAGAGCUGCCUCCGAGCCCUGGGAAUGUCUGUGGGCACUGGUUUCCCUCCUCUCCACCUGGGAGGUGUUCCCUGCUCACCUGCACUGUUUGUUGAAGGUGUUCUCAGGCUCCAAAGGGCACCUGUGGAUUUCCGGCAUCGGGAAUGGGAUGUUGGUGAUAUUUGGGUAAACACAGCCCUGAAAACCUCUUUUAUCCCUGCAGCAAGAAUUGCAAAGCCAGGGAAUUGGGAGUUAAGACUGCAACUGAGGGAAAUCCAGGCAGAAAG